GCUCAGGCCGCCUUCUGCUGCUGUCUCGUGCGUUCGCGGGGAGCUGGAUCUGAAGUGGAGCAGCCAGGGAAAACCAGUUACAUAGCACAACUUACCCUACUGUGCCACGAAUCUGGCCUCUCUACAAAGAGAUUUCUUAAAAAAAUGUGUUGCUCCCUGGAAUUCACUAGCUAACUUCUGGAAGUAAUAUAUAAAUUUUGUCAUUCUAGUGUUCACAAAGCUUUAUCAAUCCAAGUAGUCCAAAAUGGAGAAUUCUACAAACCCAGAGAAAUGUGGGGAGAUGCCUCUUGAAGAAGCAUCAGCAAAGUCUGAAUCAGAGUCCGCAUUCAGUGCUGGUGAGAACACAGCGGCUCCUGGACCCGGUCCUUCUAAGGGUCUGAGCUGCGCGCAGGCACACGCACCACAGGAAGCAAAAGGGUCUGAAGACAAGCUUGAAAAGGAAAGCUCCAGUGGUGAGGAAGGUGCUGCUUCAUCCAGAAAAAGAAAACUUGAUGAUGAAAUUGCUGCAGAGCUAAAGGGUCCCGUGGGUGAAGACGACAUCUCUAAGAGAAGGAAAGCAGAAACUGAGGGCGGCCCGGGCGAACCCUGCCCUGGGGACAGCCCUCAACAAAAGAGAAAAAGAGAACUCGAAAAUGUUCCCGAAGAUGGCCCGGGCGAACCUUGCACCGGAGAUGGCCCUCAGAAAAAGAGAAAAACAGACCUUGAAGAAGUUCCUGAUAAGCAGAAGAAGUUAGAACAUGGGCAUGGCUCAGCGGUGGCUGCCCACUAUAAUGAACUUCAGGAAGUUGGUUUGGACAAGCGUAGUCAAAGUCGUAUAUUUUACUUAAGGAACUUCAAUAAUUGGAUAAAAAGCGCUCUUAUUGGGGAAUUUUUAGAAAAGGUUCGAGAGAAAAAGAAACGUGACAUUGCUGUUUUGGAUCUGGGCUGUGGCAAAGGUGGAGAUCUGCUCAAGUGGAAGAAGGGUAGAAUCCACAAGCUCGUGUGCACUGAUAUUGCUGAUGUCUCGGUCCAGCAGUGUCAGCAGCGUUACGAAGAUAUGAAAAAUCGUCGUGAUGGUGAUCAGAUUUUCAGCGCAGAAUUUAUAACUGCCGACUGUUCAAAGGAACUUGUGAUUGGCAAACUUCGCGAUCCAGAAAUGUGCUUUGAUAUCUGCAGUUGUCAGUUUGUUUGUCAUUACUCAUUUGAGUCCUACGAGCAGGCAGACAUGCUGCUCAGAAAUGCUUGUGAGAGACUUAGCCCUGGAGGCUAUUUUAUCGGCACCACUCCCAACAGCUUUGAACUGAUAAAACGCCUUGAAACAUCAGAAACAGAAUCUUUUGGAAACGAAAUCUAUACUGUGAAAUUUCAGAAGAAAGGAGAAUAUCCUCUGUUUGGCUGCAAAUAUGACUUCAACUUGGAAGGUGUUGUGGAUGUCCCUGAGUUCUUGGUUUAUUUUCCACUGCUAAAUGAAAUGGUGAAGAAGUAUAAUAUGAAACUAGUCUACAAGAAAACAUUUCUGGAAUUUUAUGAAGAAAAGAUUAAGAACAAUGAAAACAAAAUGCUGUUGAAACGAAUGCAGGCCCUAGAGCCAUAUCCUGCGAAUGAGAAUUCGAAACCUGCUUCUGAGAAGGCAGACGACUACAAGCAUGCUGCAGAAUACGUGAAGAAGAGUCAAGUGAGGCUGCCCUUGGGAACCUUAAGUAAAUCGGAAUGGGAAGCUGCAAGUAUUUACUUGGUUUUUGCCUUUGAGAAGCAGCAGUGAACACGUGGACAGUAGCCAUGCUCUGCCUGACAGUCGUGAAAAGCCAUCGCCCAUAGAGCGGCAGCUCUGUUUCCACUCUGCACGUGCAGGGUGCUGCCAGAAACUCCCAAGACUUGCUGUCUGUGACAGAUGAACUUUGCUGUGUGUAUAUAAGGAGCUGGGACCUUUGUCUUUAAAAAUCUAUUUUUAAGUAAUGUUCACAGAAUUCCAUUUACCUUUACUCUUGUUAGCGCAAAGCUUUCAUCAUGUGACUUGUUAGGCAGCUGUACUGUUUCCACAGUGUUUUUUUGUUCGGUAUGUAUUUACACUGUUCAACUUAUUGCAAUUGUAGAAUUGAUGAAGAGAGCAUACUGCCUCAUAGAUUUUGUUAUAUGGUGUUUUUCAAUAUUAAGUGAUUGUGUUCUGAAUAAUGAAAAAGUAUUCAGUGCAUGUUGCUGUGAUUUUAAAGCUCAACUGUAGAUGGUCAAAGGUUCCCUGGCUGGAAUCUGAACGUUUUAGCACAUUUCACUAUAGAUAGCUACUGUUGCUAAUAUACAGCGAUUCUGGAACAUUUUAGAAUAUUUUAGAUGGCAGCAUAGCGUCAUUUUGGAAUUUGGAGAUUUUCCCUGAAGAACCUCCCGUCAUAACAAUUCCAGUAUGAAGAUUGUAAUGAGACACAUUCUUCAUUGAUCCUUAGGCCACAGCUAACUCUUCUCAAGGUCAAGUCCAAAUGCCUUCCUUGUACGUUGCUUUCAAGUUUGUGCAUGGCUCUGCAGGAGGAACUACAGUAGGAAGCAAACAGGUAGUCAGGUUGAUUGUCAGUGAGGUUAGAUCCAGAACAUCGGUUCCUUCCGUCUGGAGGUAGCCAUCGCCUGCUUCUCUGUCCCAUCAGUACGUUUCACAGCAGGUGCCAUUGCUUCUGACUGUGCUUACUUUACAACCCCUUUAGGAGAACUUGCCAGCGUUUAGAUUUAGUGCAAAACUGAAAAGUGCAAAGAGCAGGACAGUUGCAUAUUCUCUAAGAAAAAGUCAUUUACCUAUGGCAUGGUUUACAAGACAUCCCUUUGUCUAACUGUCCACAAGCAUAGUCUCUUAGUUUAUAUCUGUUAACUAUUCAUGGUGUUAAGGGUAGGGAACUGUUUAGCAAGAGAAUGUGGGUUUCCUUGUUUCUACUGUGUCUGCAGUAAAUCAUUUAGGAAAUAAGUACAUCCAGUAGCUAGAUGUACUUAAACUAGGAAAGGUUUGAGGAGGGUGAAGCGUCAUCAUUAUCCCCUGUCAUUUCUUGUGUUGGUGAUAAUAAUUCAUGUAAUUUUACCCUUUUCCAUUCCUUUCCCCUUGCAUUUUAAUUUUGAGGACAAGGACUCGAUCAAAAGAUAGAAUAUGAUACAAAGGAGAAACAAGGGUGGAGUUGCAGGGUUUCCAGUGAGAAGGGAGAGGGAGAGCUGAGCUGGCUGGGGCUCUGGGCUGCUCCAGCUGCUAGAGAAAACUGGGUCUCGCAGCCACAUCCAUAGGCACCACAUCUUAUACUGUGUCCGCUUGCCUCCCUGUUCUCUUCCCUUCAUGCUGCAACGAAGUGUUUGGGCAGUGACUUGAGGAGCUGUCAGAGGGAGAGCAGGAGAAGGUGACCCCUGCCCACUGUCUCCCAUCACCAAGGGGAGUGCUGGCAGAACUUUGUACCUGUAUACCUCGCAGACUCUGUGGUAGAUUGGCGGAUCCUGGUGAAGUGGUGAGGGGCAUGCAUUAACACUAGCCCAGUGGGGAAUGGUUCACGUGAGAGUGACCUGGGGACCUCAGAUCCACUCACGGAAAAGCAGCAGCGAUAGCCUCCCCUCCACAGGGCGCAGACCGCUUAUAGCAGAGUGAGCCAAACACCCUCUGCGUUGAGCGAGAGAAAGCGCUGGAGGAGGCAUUUGUCUUGGUGACCUGUGCUCCCACCCCGGCUUGGACACUGAGGAUACGGGCUUGCUGUCUGACUUCUGGUGCUAAUCAGGUCAGGGUGAGGAGCAGGGUAACCUGCGCUUUGGGGUGAGGUGCAACCACAAAAAGCAGAAAAGCCUUGCCAGCCACGGGAGGCACAGUUCCCUAAUCCCUAGUUCAGGACACUCCCUGUUUGAGCUUAUUGCUGUUGUGUGAUUUUUGAGGUGCAUUCAGGUAUUCUCUGAUGAAGAUCUGACCUAAUAUGGGUCUGCCUAAAGGGUACAAGUGCCAGGGUGAACCUUCUGGCCCUGAACCUUUUUUUUUUUUUUUUGACAUUGAUAAACUGUUUCAUGUGGUCCAAUUCAGGCUUUAACUGGUUGGAUUACCUAGACCCGGUCACUGCCAAGGUCUAUCAGUCUGAAGAGUAGAAAUCCGUUCCAGAGGCCAGAACUUUCUAUACAGUGUACCAAAAGGCCUGUGGAGUACAGCGGCCUGUUGGUCAAGCAGAAAGCGACAACAAUGUGUGGUGUCACAACCUCUUUUGUUGCUCUUGGCUCAAAAACCACUGGGAGGUGUUUUCUUCUGGCUACAACACUCCUGCUUCUUUGCCACCAAGAGCAGUGGCCACAGCGCUUCCUUGCUGAUAGGUACAUGUAAUAGCAGGCACAUGUGGUGCUGGGCACAGAGGAUUGUCAGCUCUUGCCCUCACGUCUUUCUCCCUUUGCCUUGACCCCUUUUUGAGCCCGGGGCGAGGGUGCUGUCUGUCCCUGAAGGGGAUAUAGUGAGGUUUGGGGUAUCCGGAGUGUUGUCCACAGGUUGUCCGGAUUUCAGGGUAAUCCCUGAGCCUUUUGCUAUCUAGACAACCUUGCCAUGGUCUGUGCUUUUUUGGGGGGGAACACAUUCCAGGGACCUAAAUUCUAGUAAUAAUGUCUUUCUGAAUACACAUGGUAACCCCUUCUGAUUCUUCAAGUAGCUGCCAUUAUGCCCAUUUGAAUGAUAGGGAAACCAAAGAGAGGCUAGGAACUUUCUCAGGAUAGCUGGGUUUUUUGAGUCCCACUCCAGCCAGGUCUCCGCUCCGUUUCCAUGUUACCCUCAGGGCAUGGGGCUCAGGCAAGCGCUCUCCCAUCCAAACAUGUGCCUUCAGAUGCUAAGCUUGGAAGUUCUGCUGCCAUUUUGGUUCAAAACUUUGACAUUUCACUGUGCCCUUAAGAGAGUGUGUGACACUGGCAGGAAGGCACAGGCCUGGGUUUCACGGUAGGGGGACUACAUCUUCAGCAGCACAUUGAGUUUAACGUGUUGACUUGAGAUCACAAGUGUGGGUAGCAGUGGGAAAGACUGAGAGGAGCAGCUGGGUACACAGGCAGAGGCGAGUGGGUUGGUAACUUCUUGCUGCAGUGUGACGUCUUGGCAGUGAUGUUUACCCAAACCCACUGGAAGCACUCAUCACCCAGAAGCCACACCAUCAGGCUCCCUUCCAGUCACUACCUCCCUGAGGGUCACCUCUAUCCCGGGGCCCGAGAGCAUAGGUUAGUUUUGUCUGCUUUGGGUGUUAUAUGAAUAGAAUUCAACAUUAUGCUUCAUUGUAUCUGGCUUCAUUUGCUCAACACUAUGUAAGGUUUGUUGUCAUUGUUGCAUGUAUUUGUACGUGGUUCAUCCUCAGUGGGUUGUGUAGAACUUCAUUGUGUGAAUAAACCACAUCCUAUUUAUUCAA